CUUUAUUUACAUAUUUUGCUAUAAUUUUACAUCAUUCGUCGUAAUUUUUCAAAAGUUUAUUACAUUUUUUACUUCAGAACUUUCCAAUAGAUGAGAUAAAUUUUAUUUCAUCUGCUUUCUAAAUAACAUAGUAUUUUGUUAUGAAAUUUACUAACAAUAAUAAUUAAUAGGACCAAGCGAACAACAGCAGAUUCUAAACAUUUUAACAUUCGUGUAAAAUUUUUAAGAAACGCAAGUGUAUAGACUUGUCCGGUUUCUGUGAGAGCGCAGCACAGCCUCAUGGAGACUAUACAGCAGUAUACAGUCUUCAUGGCACAGCUGCAGCUGCUGCGAGAGAGCAUGCACUAUAGCAUUUGACUCCGUUUUCCCACAACUCAUAUUAUAUACAGUACUGUGAACGGUUAUCGUGACGCGAUGAACACGUGCAAAUCACAAUAAAAACAAAUCAAUUUUCCGUUUAUUUGCUUUACGUUGCAUAUUUAAUUCUUUUUCAGCCUUUAGGAAAUCUUUGGUUGUCCAAAGAUGGCAAAAAAAGAAUCUCCAGAACAGUUAACGUCGAAUUCAAUCGAUUCGAAAGAGGCUUCUGUGAGUGAUGCAUCUGAGAAAACAAAUGAAAAUUUUCUUGUGCCGACUACGAUUUUGACCAUAAAGAAAACUCUUAAGAAAUCCAAGAAAAACAAGAAGACUUCUACUUUUUUUAAAAUGUUCAAUGAUAAACAUUUUAUUUUCCCAUUUAAGAAAAGAAAGCAUGGUAAAAAAACUAUUCUUAUGGAGAAAGCAUCUGAUAAGAAUAUUGCUACACUCUUGAGAUCAGAAAGACUUCUUGAACAUAUCAAAAAAGGAUCUAAAAUACCUUAUGAUAUUGGAUAUCAUAUUUCACAAAAAACAGGUUUCAAAUCUGUAAGCGAAUUAAAUGAUUACAUCAGUGCUCACCGGAAAAAAUUUAUAGUAUUAGUAGAUAGAAAAGAAAAGCAUUGCCAAGUUGAAAGUUCCCAAUGUAAUAGUUUAUUACGAAGAACUGAUUCUGUAGAUUUAAAUUUAUAUUUGAAACAUCAUUAUGAAGAUUCUACAGAUAAUCCAACUAGUUAACUGUCUGCUGUAAGACGAUUAUUGAACUCUUACUCAAGAUGAAUCAUCUAGAAUAAAAAUACUGUAUAUACACGAAUGCUACAAUCUACUUCAAAGAUGUUUUCGUAAGAAGAAUUCAAACUGACAGCGAUUGUUUUUUAUUUACAUAGAUGAGUGGUCAAAUGACAAAUAAUACAUUUAAAUAUAAAAUUAUCUUAAUAUUGCAUGUAAAAAUUAUAUCUCUACGAUCAAAAUAAUUACACUUUAGGGUUAUUUGGAUAAAUAGCGUAAAUGCAAAGUUGUGUCAUACGGACGUAAGAAUGCUAAUGAACAAAAGUAUAAUUUUAAAUACGUUAUCUCAAAAGAAUGAGAAACAUUACAUUUCUUUACAUUUACAUUCUUACAACUUCUUAUAUUGUAAGUACAAUAAGAUUACAAUACGUCAUCAAUACUGUUAAUAAAAUAACAAGAGAUACAAUAUUGAUAUAGAGAUGUAUUUGUUCUCGGCGGUCAUCGAUAUCUUUCCAUAAAUAUAUAAACUAAUGUAAAAUAACAGAUCAGGAAAUAAUAAAAUAAUGAUACACAUGAACGAGAAAAAAAUAUAAAUUGUUAGUUUAAUUCAAAUGAAAAUUCUUAAUACCAAUCAAUUUUAACUCAUUAAUAGCUUAUUUGUUCCAACAAGCUUAUUUUAUAAUGUACGUUCAAACUUGAAAUUAUAUAAAAAUUAUUAUAUUAUAUUAAUAUAACGUUACAUUUUUGUAUUAUAUAUGUCUUAAUUAGAACGAGUAAAUAAUUCAAACAUUACUUUAUUAGUCAUUUUUUUAGAAGAAACUGCUACACUAAUCAAAUCGGGAUAGAUUCGAAGUACUAUAAGAAAGCCAACUGUGAACAUACAUUUUUUUUACACUUUGUAAUAAUUUUUUAAAGUGGAAGCUUUGAGCACAGUCUGCAUAUUAAUUUACAUUAAUUAAUGUAUUUAUGGAAUGUUAUAGCGGGGUAUAACCACAAAACCCUACGGCUGAGUUCUAUGAUGUAUUGAAUCUUUAUAUAUAUAUUCGUUAUAAUAUCGCUUUCCUGUAAACGAAAAUCUUAACGCGCGAAGUAGUAGCAGAUAAAAUUUAAUUUUGAAAAAUAGAAAAAAGCGAACGAGAGCAUUGAAUUGUAUAUUUUACUGCGAGUGCAUAUUAAUAGAUUUUUUCCGAUAAGAAUCAAAACACUGUCGACAAUUCUAUAAUUUUUAUGUCUGAACAAGGAAAAUCUUUUUUCAGUAACCUUGAGUUUGUUCAUACGAACGUUGGUAUCAAUAUUUUAAACGAUGUAAGACUAUCAAUGAAUAAAAUGGAUACGCACAUAGGUAUAUACUGAUAAUAGAAUUCAAAAGAUAUCGAUGAUUCAAUUAAUCUUAACAAUUUAUUUAGUGUAGUAUUAUUUGUUAAUUUUAUUUGCUGAUAAAACUGAAAAUUAAAUUGAUCAGAAUAUCAGAACAAAUAGUUAAUUUUCAUCACAAAAUUUUCUGACUGAAUUUUACAAUAGUUCUAUCAAUAGUAUUAUCACGAAAAGUGACGCUAUAAAAAUAAUCUAUAGCGUUAUUUACUAAAAAUACAGUAAUAAUAGUAGUAGAGAUUAAUAAUAACAAUCAUGAUGAUUUGCUUUGUUCCUAAAUAUACUUUUUUAUAAUUGCUUAUAUUAUUGUUUUUAUAAUACCUCUUCCAAACUAAUUAUCAGCAACGAUCACUUGUUAAGGCUGAGUAUUUACCAAAUCUAUAAUAAUAUCUGGAUCUUGACAUUAUUUUUAAGUACUAUCUAUCUAAGUGUCGAAAAAUGGCCAAUAAAACUUAAAUUUAUUAUUUUUUCUGUCAAUCAAAUUUCAGUUCACGAAAUGUACGUCUAGAAUAGUUUUUUUUUAUUUUGAUGACAAUGUACCUGGCAACAAUUAUCUCUAACUAAGUUUAUAUAUUUAAUAAAUAGAAACUUAUAUUUCUGGUGAAUAUGAUAUAUUUCUUAUGUUUGUAAUACAUAAUUACCAGAUACUAUCGCUACUAGAAUUUUGAUUUGCUAUAUUAUUGUAGACAUAUCAGUAAAUAAUUUUUCGCGUAACUUAACUGCAAGGAAUAACAGGUGAAAUACUAUUAAUAUGCUAUUUCGAUAUGCUUGACCUUGUUUCAAGGAUUUUGCGCGCUCUAGAUAUUUUAAACAAGAUAGACAAAGUUACUUUUUAUGUUGAAUAUAAUGUGAGAUGCAGACAUUUGUAAAACCAAUUAUUAUUUAGAAAUUAACC